AUGGUUUGGGACUGUCCUUCGUCGGUCUCAUUCACCAAACCUUCGUCGGUCUCAUUCACCAAACCUUCGUCCGUCUCGGUCACCAAACCUUCGUCCGUCUCGGUCACCAAACCUUCGUCCGUCUCGGUCACCAAACCUUCGUCCGUCUCGGUCACCAAACCUUCGUCCGUCUCGGUCACCAAACCUUCGUCCGUCUCGGUCACCAAACCUUCGUCCGUCUCGGUCACCAAACCUUCGUCCGUCUCGGUCACCAAACCUUCGUCCGUCUCGGUCACCAAACCUUCGUCCGUCUCGUCACCAACGCAACUUGGCGAGGGAGAAUGA